UGCGUUUCUAUGUUGCUUGCAGUCUCUCUUCCUCAGUUCGGUGACCAAAUUAUAUUUUGGAUAUGGAUGCUGUGGGAUGGAUUUGUUCAAGGAGAUUCCCCCUUUGGAGGUCACGAGACAAACUGUAUUGUAAGUUUGAGAAGAAGAAAGGAAACAGAAGAAAAAGAAGAACCCAACAUACGCGUAGCCGGUUGAAUGCAUAACAGAGGGCCUUUACAUAAUGAAUUUGCUCAGAGUUCUGUAGAAUCCCCUAAUGCAACAAAGAAGAAAAU